AGUGGGACGCGGGCUGGACCCAGUGGCACAGAGUGACAGAGUGGACACGGUGGACCAGCAGCGACCGUUGGCGAAAGAGCAGCCAGAAUAAUUAACGGGCGAAAACGAAAUGAGACGGCCUGUGCUGCAUUCUCCAUGUGAGCUGGCCACAGAGCGUGCAUUUAUAUCCGUCAUUUGUUCCUCCGUCUGCGCCAUGCACAUUCCACCGUACAUUAGUCGACGACACAAUGGAGACCCUGGAUCUCCUCGUCAUCGGCGCUGGUACGUCUCCCUCAACUGACUCUAUAUAUCCAUUCUAAGAUAACAGGCUGGAGCGGCCUUGCUGCCCUCAAGACAUACCGCGAAGUGCACCCCUCUGCCUCGGUAUGCCUGCUCGAGAGCGCUUCCUCAGUCGGUGGCGUCUGGGCCACGCACCGACUAUGGGACGGACUCAAGUCCAACAACAUGCGUGGCACUUAUGAGUACUCGGACUUCCCCAUGGAUGAUUCUUACGGCGUCAAGCACGGCGAGCACAUCCCGGGCCAUGUCGUCCAGCGGUAUCUCGAGCGGUACGCGGAGCACUUUGGCAUCAUGGAGAGCGUCCGGCUGCAGUGCCGGGUGACCGUCGUGGAGCACCACGACGACACAACCUGGACGGUGAGAUACGUUGAUAUCGCAGGCAGCGGUCUUGAAGUCCAGGUGCGCGCGCGCAAGCUCAUUCUGGCCACGGGCAUCACGUCGCAGCCCUAUCUGCCGCACAUCCAAGGGCAAGAGACAUUCGACCGGCCGCUCUUCCACACGGUCGACAUGCCCAUCCACCACAAGUCCACCGUCCAGCAGGCCCAGAACCGCAUCGCCGUGCUGGGAGCCACCAAGUCCGCCUGGGACGCCGUCUAUGCUGCUGCCACCGCCGGCGCCCAGGUCGACUGGAUCAUCCGCGACAACGGCCACGGCCCUUGCUGGAUGGCGCCUCCCUACGUGACUCCAUUGCACCGCUGGCUUGAGAAGCUCGUCACGACGCGCCUCUUGACCUGGUUCAGCCCGUGCAUCUGGUCCGAUCCCGUCGCCGAGCAGCCUGGCUCGCGCGUGCGCCGGUUCCUGCACGGCACCUGGCUGGGACGCAAGAUCACCGACACCUUCUGGGCAAUCCUGGGCAACGACGUCGUCUCGCUCAACAAGUUCAACUCGCACCCUGAACUAGCCAAGCUCAAGCCCUGGAUCUCGCCCUUCUGGGUGGCCUCGGGGCUGUCCAUCCUCAACUAUCCCACCAACUUCUUCGACCUCGUCACCGAGGGCCACGUCCGCAUCCACGUCGACCACAUCGACCACCUCUCCCAGGGCACAAUCCACCUUGCCAACUCCCCAGCCCCUCUAUCCAACAUCUCCGCCCUCAUCGUCGCCUCAGGCUGGGAACCCACCCCCUCAAUCACCUUCCUCCCAGCCUCCCUCCCCUCCCUCCUCGGAUUCCCCAACGCCCCAGACCCCCUGCCCCAGUCCCUCAUCAAAGCCGCCGACACCGAGAUCCUGCGGCGCUUCCCACGCCUCGCAAAGCGUCCCGCGCACGCUUCCCCAUCGCAAUACUCGCCCCUCGCCCCAGACGCACAGACAGAGUCCCAGUCGCUGCACCCCUACCGUCUAACGCGCUUCAUGGUCCCAGCGUCGUCCCUGGCAGCCGAGCGCAGCGUCGCGUUCGCGGGCAUCGCUAUGACGAUCAAUACCCCCUUGCUUGCACAAACUCAGGCACUAUGGAUUGCGGCAUUCUUUUCCGAUCAGCUGAGUCUGCAGGGGAUCACCACUGAGCGGUGUCCGGUAGAUAUUUCCCCGAGCCAUUGCCGGGAGGGUGAUGCUAAGAGCAGCGAGAAGAGCGUGAACGUAAAUGUGAGUGAAAAGGAGACAAAUGCAGACGCAGACAUCCUGUACGAAACGGCGCUGCACACGCAGUUCGGCGUGCAUCGGUACCCUGGUGGUCUUGGGCGGAGGAAUCCGGACUUUGUCUUUGAUGCGAUUCCGUAUGUGGAUGUGCUGCUGAAGGAUCUGGGGAUUGAGGGGGCGAGGAAGAGAGACCGGGGGUGGAAGAGAUGUGUUGAGCCGUACGGGGUGGAGGAUUAUGUUGGGCUUGUUGGCGAGUGGAAGGGAGAAAAGGCUGUUGCUUAAUCCAUAAUCCAUAAUAUCUUGUUACUAUCUCAGUGUUACUCUUAACUUGAACUACUUAAUAAUCCCUCAAUACUCAAACCGCUCGAAAAUGGCCACUCCCUCCUCGUCAACACCUUCAAGCAUUCCCCUCGCCCUCCCAUUCCACCUCACAUGCGCUCCUCGUCCUCCUCGGUCCUCAAUGUCAGUCGCUACACUCACCUGCGCCCCCGGAAUCCCGACCUGGAACCCACUGACCAGUCCUCCCUCCGUCUGUUCUUGUCCAGCAACAAUCGCCACAGACCCAUCCGCACACCCAGCAUUCACAGACUCCCCGUCCCGCGCCAGGAACGAACUCACCACCUCCUGGCCCGGGUUGCUUUCGCUGGCAUACGACAGCCAGAGAACCGAGUAGAGUCCUAGAUGGGCUCGUCCGCGCUGCAGUGAUUUCGUCGACGAGGUGAACGGGCGAGAUGACCAG